CAGUUCCUAUCGCCGCGCUCUCUGGCUUUGCUUGGUCUUGGUGGAACCGACUGGAGUGAAAUGUAACAAAACAAGCGGCGUCUUUGUAUUUGCUUAAAGGAGCCGCGCUCGCUUGAAGCCGAACUAAGUGGGGAAAGUGGCAGGACAGAAGAAAAGAAGAAAAAAGAGCUUGCAUGUCCCCAGGUGGGACGAAGGAUCCGGGAUCAGAAGCGGCACGGGGAAAGCUCCGGUGGAAAGAGGAGGGCUACUUUAAAAAAAAGAAGACGGGAGCGGGGUCCGCUAAAGGAAAGGCAGGGGAGCCUUUAAAAGCGGCAGGACAAGACAUCCAAGCGGCUAGCGUGGAGUGAGCAAAGCUGGGGUUGUUGCGGAUCCGCGAUGCGAACAAUGCUGUCGGGGAAGCUGCAGGCUGGAACCAGGCAAAGUUUGCUCUAGGAUGGCUUGAGUAGGGCGGCUGGGAAGUUGCAGGGAGGAGUGCCUGGGGCAGGCUUCUUCUAUGCCCCCAGCGGGCUGACUCUCUUGGAGGAGCAGCCACCUGUGUCUGUGUUUGUGCCCCCCCCCGCGCCCUAAAACAAGAAAAUUGCGAUCGCCAUGUCGAAAGUGAUCCAAAAGAAAAACCACUGGACCGUCAAGGUGCACCAGUGUACGGUGAGCCGCGGAGCGCAAGGCCAGCUGGGGGUCACCAUCCUGGGGGGAGCGGAAUACGGAGAGUUUCCUUAUGUUGGAGCAGUGGCCGGUAGCGAAGGGGAGACGGCGCUUCCCGGCGGCGGCGAAGGGAAGCUCGGCGAAGGGGAGCUGCUGCUGGAGGUGCAGGGCAUCCGGGUGUCGGGCUUGCCCCGUUACGACGUGCUGGGAGUUAUCCGGAGUUGCAAGGACCCGAUCCUUUUCAAAGCCGUCAGACAAGGAAGUCGUCUGAACAAAGAUCUGAGACAUUAUCUCAACCAGAGGUUUCAGAAAGGAUCGCCAGAUCACGAGCUGCAACAGACUAUUAGAGAUAACCUUUAUCGCCAUGCUGUGCCUUGCACAACCCGUCCUCCACGAGAAGGAGAAGUGCCUGGGGUCGACUAUAACUUUCUGACUGUCCAGGAGUUUCUUGAGCUUGAGAAAAGUGGAACUCUUCUUGAAGUAGGAACUUAUGAAGGUAACUAUUAUGGGACACCCAAGCCUCCCAGCCAGCCCCUCAGUGGGAAUGUGAAUAAUACUGAUGCUUUGCAAAACCUCCAAUCCGGCUCCAAGCAGUCGACCCCCAAACGAACCAAGUCUUACAAUGAUAUGCAAAAUGCUGGCAUAGUGCAUACGGAGAAUGAAGAGGAGGAUGACGUCCCUGAAAUGAACAGUAGCUUUACAGCAGACUCUGGUGAACAAGACGAGCACAAUACACACAGCCUAAGAGACCUUGCUCCGCCACCUGUGAAUAGCAGCAUCACCACCAUUCCCACCACGGAACCUUCUCAGAAGCUCCCUCAAUACCUACCUCCUUGUGCAGAGGAAAACUUGGGUCCUCUGCCUGAAAACUGGGAGAUGGCCUAUACAGAGAAUGGAGAAGUCUACUUUAUAGACCAUAACACUAAAACAACAUCUUGGCUAGACCCACGGUGCCUGAACAAACAGCAAAAGCCUCUAGAAGAAUGUGAAGAUGAUGAAGGGGUACACACGGAAGAACUGGACAGUGAACUAGAAUUACCUGCUGGUUGGGAAAAGAUUGAAGAUCCUGUAUAUGGUGUCUACUAUGUAGAGACUGCAGUCCAGAUGGACAUGGGGUGCAUUGGUGCAAGCCACAUCAAUAGGAAGACACAAUAUGAGAAUCCAGUUCUGGAAGCUAAACGAAAGAAGCAGCUUGAGCAGCAGCAACAGCAGCAACCACCACAACCACCAGAAGAAUGGACAGAAGAGCACCCACCACUUGCCCCUCCCGCUGUUCCAAACCAUGCUCCUAACAACCAGGAGACAGUUCGAGAUGCUCCAGUACAAGCAGGAAAACCAUUUUUCACACGGAACCCUUCUGAGCUGAAAGGAAAGUUCAUUCACACCAAGUUGAGGAAAAGCAGCAGGGGUUUUGGUUUCACCGUUGUUGGAGGGGAUGAGCCGGAUGAGUUUCUUCAGAUAAAGAGUUUGGUGCUUGAUGGCCCUGCGGCUCUAGAUGGCAAGAUGGAAACAGGGGACGUUAUUGUCAGUGUGAAUGACACAUGUGUGCUGGGCCAUACGCACGCUCAAGUUGUCAAAAUCUUCCAGUCAAUUCCCAUUGGUGCCAGCGUGGACCUAGAACUGUGCCGAGGCUAUCCUCUGCCUUUUGACCCAGAUGAUCCCAACACAAGCCUGGUGACGUCUGUGGCCAUUUUGGAUAAAGAACCGAUCAUUGUGAACGGUCAGGAAAACUACGACUCUCCAGCAAGCCACGGUAGUAAAACGGGGAAAGUAAAUGGGAUGAAGGAGCCGAGGCCUAGCAGUCCUGCUGAGGUUUCGUCAAAUGGAUCCCACAGCUACCCUAACGACACUGUCUCUUUGGCUUCUUCUAUAGCAACGCAACCUGAACUCAUAACUGUACAUAUAAUUAAAGGUCCCAUGGGCUUUGGCUUUACUAUAGCAGACAGUCCUGGGGGCGGAGGACAGAGAGUGAAGCAGAUUGUUGACAGCCCAAGGUGCCGAGGCCUGAAAGAAGGGGAUCUUAUAGUUGAAGUCAAUAAGAAGAAUGUGCAGAAUCUUACUCACAACCAAGUUGUGGAUAUGCUGAUUGAAUGCCCUAAAGGAAGUGAGGUGACAUUGCUUGUUCAGCGAGGAGGACUGCCAGCCCCAAAGAAGAGUCCGAAGUCGCAACCACUUGAAAGGAAAGACAGCCAAAACAGCUCUCAGCACAGUGUCUCCAGCCACCAUAGCACUCAUACUGCUUCCCCUGUCCACGGCACUCAAGUGCUUCCUGACUACCCGUCCACCGAAGCACCAGCUGUGGACCUACCAGACAACGCUGGGCAGAAGAAGCCAGAUCCAUUCAAAAUCUGGGCCCAGUCCAGGAGCAUGUAUGAAAGCCGACCUAUGUCACCUUCGCCUGCGACUGGACUGAGCAAGGGUGAAAGAGAGAGAGAAAUCAAUUCCACGAAUUUUGGAGAAUUUCCAGAUUAUCAAGAGCAAGAUAUCUUUCUAUGGAGAAAAGAAACUGGGUUUGGAUUUAGGAUUCUUGGUGGAAAUGAGCCUGGAGAACCUAUUUACAUUGGCCACAUUGUGCCACUGGGUGCUGCAGAUGCCGACGGUCGCCUUCGAUCUGGGGAUGAAUUAAUCUGCGUGGAUGGAACGCCAGUUGUUGGCAAAUCUCACCAGCUUGUAGUCCAGCUUAUGCAACAGGCUGCCAAGCAAGGCCAUGUCAAUCUAACUGUCAGGCGCAAAGUGGUGUACACAGUUCCAAAAGCAGAGAACGAGGUUCCAUCUCCAGCAUCAUCUCAUCACAGCAGCAACCAGCCUGCUUCUCUGACAGAGGAGAAACGCACUCCACAGGGAAGCCAGAACUCACUCAACACUGUCAGUUCAGGCAGUGGCAGCACCAGUGGAAUUGGUAGUGGAGGAGGUGGCGGGAGUGGAGUAGUCAGCACUGUGGUGCAGCCCUACGAUGUGGAAAUAUGCCGGGGAGAGAAUGAAGGCUUUGGCUUUGUCAUUGUGUCUUCAGUUAGUCGACCAGAGGCUGGAACAACGUUUGCAGGCAAUGCAUGUGUGGCCAUGCCUCACAAAAUAGGUCGGAUUAUUGAGGGGAGCCCAGCAGACCGCUGUGGGAAGCUGAAAGUGGGGGACCGGAUAUUGGCCGUUAACGGAUGCUCCAUCACCAACAAAUCACAUUCGGACAUCGUCAACCUAAUUAAAGAAGCAGGAAAUACGGUUACUCUGCGCAUUAUUCCAGGGGAUGAGUCCUCCAAUGCUACUUUAUUGACCAAUGCAGAAAAAAUUGCUACAAUUACAACCACGCACACUCCUCAACAAAUGCCACAAGAGACCAGAAACAACACAAAACCAAAGCCGGAGUCCCAGUUUGAUUUCAAACCAACCCCCGUCUCACAGCCGGACCAAGAUUUUUACACAGUUGAACUUGAAAGAGGAGCCAAAGGGUUUGGCUUUAGUCUGCGAGGUGGCCGAGAAUAUAACAUGGAUCUUUAUGUGUUGCGGUUAGCAGAGGAUGGUCCUGCUGAGAGAUGUGGGAAAAUGAGGAUUGGUGAUGAAAUCCUAGAGAUCAAUGGAGAAACUACAAAGAACAUGAAGCAUGCUCGGGCCAUAGAACUAAUUAAAAAUGGUGGCCGCAAAGUUCGCCUGUUUCUCAAACGUGGAGAUGGCUCUGUACCAGAAUAUGACCCCAGCAGUGACAGGAACAGUCCAGCCACAGGUUCACAAAAUGUAUCGGAAGUGAAAAACAUGCCACCUGACAGACGACAACACUCAUCAUUGGAGCCCAGUUAUCCACCAGAUCUUCACAAAUCAUCACUACAUGGAGACAAGCGGAUAUAUGUUAAGGACCCAAAAGGCAGCAGAGAGUUUGGCAGACAAUCCAAUGAGCACCACACAUGGAAUGGAACUUCUAAAAACAGCAAUAGCAUAACAGGCAGAAAAAAAGACAGGUCACCUGAAGGGAGGCGAGACCGGCAACCAGAGAGAAUGGUGGUGAUCAAUGGACAGAAACGGAAAUCUCCUGAGAAGAGGAGAGAAGGAACUAGGAGUGCUGACAAUACUUUGGAGAGAAGGGAAAGACAUGAGAAGAGGAGAGACUUUUCUCCAGAGAAACGAAGAGAGAGGUCACCAGCCCGCAGAAGGGAUGGCUCGCCUAGCAGGAGGAGGAGGUCACUGGAAAGGCUAAUGGAUCAAAGGAGGUCACCAGAGAGGAAGAGAGAGAGCUCACCCCCUGAAAGGAGGGCAAAAUCAACUGACAGGCGAAGGGAGAGGACCCCAGAACGGAGGGGAGAGAGGUCUCCUGACAAAAGGAAUAGAGAUGACCGAGUUAGUUUCAGGGAGAAGGAAGAGCGCACUCUGAAAUAUGACACCAUUAAAAACAACAGGCACCCCACUGAGCAAAGACGGCGGCCCUACAAAGAGUGCAGUACUGACCUCAGUAUCUAAUGGCUUUUGCAGGCCCCGGAUCCUAUUGCAGCCUUUGCAGCAGUCAAGAGUUCCCAAGAAGGAAGGUAGCAAACCUGACAUCUGUUUUAGUUCCUCACAUCAAAUGCCUCCAGGAGCAACAAUACAGUUAGAAUCAAAUCUUGAGAAUAUGUUCAAAGUGUUGUGCCUGCUGUAUAUCAACAUUAAAGUAUUUUCCAAUGUAUUUUUUUAAUUACUUGCCAAAUGUUCAUCUUAAAUGAUUAUAAAAAUUGUGUUCUUCCAUAACGGUAACCAUAAUGAGCAUAAAUACUUUGUGGUAACAUUUUCCUGCUUUGUUCCUGUCUUAGUUAUUUGUAGGGCAAGCCAGCAAUGGUAAAGGGUUUUUUGACCAACCGCACUGAUUUGCUCUCAUUGUGAUUCACUGCUAGGAUGUAUGUAGAAUUUUCUGAAUGUUAGGAAUAUGGAGGAUGAGGGGGCUUAUCAGUAAGCUGAAAACUACCAUGGAAGGGUUUGUUUUCCCCUUUACACUUAACAUAUUGCUAAAAUUAAGAAAACUAAUUGCAGAGACUACUGUUGGGAUGAAGGAUAUUUAUGCAGAUCUACACACCACGAGAUGCUAAGGAAUGUAUAGGUUGUUCCAUGAACAGUGUGUACUUUUGGGUCUCCUUUAAAAGGAAAGGAAGUGGCCAAGGACUGGUAGCGUCAAUGCAAGGGACAGACCACCAAGUUUAUUGAUCCCUAACAAUAUUUCCUAAAGGCAGCACCACUGUGGUUCUUGUUCAGUUAGAACUGUGUGGAUAAAAUUGGAGCCCCCAAAGGUAUCUUGUCUGCUUUGAAAAGAGGUUUAUAUUGAUGUUGAUUCCACAGUUCAGCUGUAUUUGGAGAUGCAGAUUUUCUUUAUAUGAACUCCUUUCACCAAGUAGGUUUGGAUGCCUCCAGGUCAGGCUAAAUCUUUUGUUGUUGUUGUUUGUGUGUUGUUUUGUUUUGCCAAAAUGGAGCUGCCUCUCUUCUGUUUUUUCUUUUCUUUUACUGACUCACCCUUACCUGAGACAAAAAAAAGUGCAUUCGUAGAGAAAAUGGGAUAUGAAGGACUGACUAAAGAAGCAGUGGCAGGGAAACUUGGGUUUGGGUUGUCAACACUUUGGUUGUACUGUACAGCUUAUGUUGUACUUUGGUGGACUGUAAAGAAUGGAAAAUACCAAUACAAGGUUCUACAUUGUAUUUGGUUUCCCAAACGGCAAGUUUGUGUAGUAAGUCUGCUGUAGUGCUGAUAUGAGAUUUUAAUGGAUUACUGCCUAGCUGAGCCAAAACAUUUGCCGUUACUGUUGGACCACUAAACAUUUAAAACUGCUGCUUGCUUUUUUUUUUUUACAGUGCAUUGAUGUGUACAUGUAUACAGUUUCACCAUGUUUUCCAGACACACACACACAAUAAGGAUUACAAGUCUAUCACUGUUGUUGCCAUGGUACUGUAAAGAAAAAGGAAAAAAAAAACAGAUGGCCAAUUGUGUGUACAGAGUUUAAAUUGUAAUUAAUAGAGCCUGUUGAAAAUGAAAAACUGUUGCCUUUUUUCUUGUAUAAAAGAGAAUUUAUGACAAAAUUUAGCUGUGAGGAAUGUGCUAAGUGUUUAUAUUUCUGGAAAAAUGAACAAAUUGAUUCAUGGGGAUAUAUUUUAAUGUAAACUGAAUCAGGUAUGUAAAGCUGUUUUAAACAGGAGACUAUAUAAGUAACUCUGAAGCUUUUGUUGGUUUGAAUAUCAUAUCUUUCCUCAUGGUGGGGGCCUGCCUGUAUGACUCUUAGGCACUUGUGUGCAGUCUGUGUUCUUUGGUCAUCAUUUCUUGCAGUGUGCUAUAGUCAUAAUGCUCUUUUCUGUGUUGACGAAAAGCAGUAUGUGGGCCAAUCUUUUUUAUAAAACACUAUGCAUAUAUAAAUACUACAUUGUUCAUAGCUUUAUUUGACUUUUCGGGUUUAUACAUAACAUUAGUAUAAGUAGAUGUGGACUUUAUCAAGUAUAAGAUUCUUUCCUUGAGACAAAACACAAUGUAUAUGAUGUAGCUACUAAGAAGGAAAGAGUCUGUGAAUGCUAUUUUUAUUAUCAAAUAAAGAUUUCCAUACAAAGCAUA